CUCAGUCUUUCUUUCAUUUCCAAAACCAGACAGAUUCUUGUUUUGUGUGUGGAACUGAAUUUCUAGGAUUCAAGUCUUGAUAUCUAAAUAAUGAGCCUUCCUGACCACGACGUGCUGGGCCAGGCCUUUGAGGAUGCUCUAGAAGUGCUGCAGCAGCACUCUGACAGAGAAAUGCAGUGUCCACCAGGUUAUAAAAACUGCCUGGCUGUGAUCAACCAUCACCACCACCUCCAAGCAAGCCCCAGUUACUGUGCAGCACCAUCUGUGGAGGAGCAAGGGUACAGCUGGAGAAACGUGAUUAGCAGUGCAGCGGAUUUUUAUGCAGAUGAGACUGUCUACCAUACACUGCAGAAUACUCCAGAAAGUCAAGUGAUGCAUGCUGCUGCUGGCCAGCCAAAAGCAGGGAAAGGUAGAAAAAAGCUUCGACUAUUUGAAUACCUCCACGAGUCCCUCUAUGAUCCAGCUAUGGCAAACUGCAUCCAGUGGGUGGAUAAGCCAAAUGGUGUCUUCCAGUUUGUCUCCAAAAACAAGGAGAAACUUGCAGAACUGUGGGGAGAAAGAAAGGGAAACCGCAAGAUCAUGACUUACCAGAAAAUGGCCAGAGCACUGAGGAAUUAUGGAAGAACAGGUGAAAUCAUUAAGAUCCGUAGGAAGCUGACAUACCAGUUCAGUGCUGUUGUUCUAAAGAGACUUGCUCCAGCUUAUUUCUUGGGAAAAGAAACAAUUUAUCAUCCCUACAUUCAGCCUAAUCAAGAAUAUCAGUGUGCAGAUGACUGGACCAGUUACAAUAAUUACAUGUACAACAAUGGUUAUGCAUUACAGCACACUAACAGCUAGACUUGCCUGUCACAUGAACAUGCCUUUGUUAUCCUGCAAUGCUUUCCAGCACAGAAACUCUUCCCUGUACAUAGCUUUUCCUUUAAGAUAUCAUACAAACACAUGAAGAGGAAAGGUUAAAAAAUUAUAUUGGCCUAGUGUUUUUUUUCUUUUGAAGUUAGGGAUAUACAGUCAUUGCCUCUUGAAGAAAUCCAGCAGCUAUAGAACACAUUCUAUUCUCCAUGAUGCUAGUCAAAGGAAUUACUGCAGUUUCAAGCUGAUAUAUUCAAGAAUAGGAUCAAGGCUAUUGUCUGUUAGUGGACAUUGAAGAUCCCAUUGUGACAACACUCACUGUAAGUUUUAUGCAUAUCUGCAAUCAGAAUUUAGGGGAUGUUGUACCACGGUUGCUGCAUCCCUAAGCUAGAAAGGGAAAGCGAUUUGCCAACUGCAGGAAGCUGCUGUCUGCUUUUUUCACCAUUGUUCUUUAUAAAAGGACAUUUUCUGAGUGAAUGCCAGGCUGGCUGAUAGAGUCCACACGAGGGUGCACCUGUUGACCAAGUUGUUAAUCCUUAAUCACUUAAAUUAACAUAUCUUAGCACAGAUCCUGACAUGUGGUAUUAGGAUUGCCAGGUGCACAUUUUACUGUUGGCAGUGGAUUCAUUGGGACCAUAAAAGAGUUAAUAAAGGAUUUGUGCUUUUGAUUUAUUUUUAUUAAGUUUUGUAGGGUUCUUCCUCCGCUAAUAUGAGGAGCUCCAUUUUUAUCCAGCAGUUCUGUACUGACCUAAAAAACAUAGCUUUGCCAUUUAUUUUAGGUGUUACCACUUUAUAAAUAAAAUUUUGCUUCUCCAGCUCUUUUUCUAAAUGGGAAUGCAGCUGAAAGGCUCAGUAAUUUUACACUUUCUUCCUGGGGAAGAAGAACUAAAUUUAGGCAAAAAGAGAACAGUGGACCCUUAUGUCAGGAUAAUACCUAUAAAUCUACUUUUUCCUCACACUUCUGUUACCUGAUCAGCUUGUAUCUUCACAGGAGUUGUCUUUUGCGCUGCAAUAUUUCCAUUCAAUUGUGUGCAGCUCCAACCUCUGCAUUUUGCAGUGUGCAGGCCUGGAUAUUAAUAAAGACAAAAAUAAUUUCUGUGGAGAGCUAUAAA